AUGGAGGUGAGGUGUAAGUGCCACGGAUUGUCUGGUAGCUGCCAGCUUCGAACUUGUUGGAGAGCCACUCCCGAUUUUAGAGUCGUAGCCACUACCAUUAAAAAACAAUAUCGUAAAGCUCUAAUGGUAGCACAAGAAGGUCUCAACAACGGCGUAUCAGUGCUGCGAGGCAGACCUCGCGGCAGAAGGAAGAGUAAAGCUAGACCGGCACCAAAGACAAGUUUACUGUUCUUUGAAAAAUCCCCAAGCUUCUGCGAGGCGGAUCCCAAGCUCGACUCGCCAGGAACAUCGGGCAGGGUGUGUCGCAUCGGAAGGACUUCGAGGACGGGCUCCUGUGACCUCCUCUGUUGCGGGAGAGGUCACGAUCUUAUUCGGAAGUCGAGCGUAAAGCCCUGCAACUGCACGUUCCAUUGGUGUUGUAAAGUCGAUUGCCAAAAGUGUAAAGACGAUAAGUGGAUUGCUGUAUGUAAGUAA